AUGGUGCUGGGGCGUGUGGGUUUGGCUCUUCAAGCCUUCAGUUCAGUCGGCGGGAGCAGAGCGGCUAGUCAAGGCGCGGCGGCUAAAGAAGCCAGCAAGCCGAACCGAAUCACAGAGACGCCAAAAAUGACAGUGGAUUUUGAGGAGUGUGUCAAAGAUUCGCCCCGCUUCAGGGCAAACAUUGAAGAUGUCGAGACAGAGGUUGUGGAGAUUGAGGCAAAACUGGACAAGUUGGUGAAGCUAUGUGGUGGCAUGAUAGACGCUGGGAAAGCCUAUGUCAGUGCCAACAAACUUUUCAUCAACGGAAUUCGGGAUCUGUCGCAGCAGUGCAAGAAUGAUGAAAUGAUCUCGGAAUGCCUGGAAAAGUGUGGUGAAAGUCUUCAGGAAAUCAUUAACUACCACAUAAUGCUUUUUGAUCAAGCUCAGCGUUCAGUCAAGCAGCAGUUACAGCACUUUGUCAAAGAGGACGUGCGCAAGUUCAAGGACACAAAGAAACACUUUGAGCGUGUGCGCGAGGACCUGGAGAUUGCACAAGUAAGGAAUGCGCAGGCGCCCAGGAACAAAGCCCACGAGGUAGAGGAAGCCACUUGCGCACUCAGCGUCUCGCGAAAGUGCUUCCGUCAUCUGGCCUUGGAUUACGUUCUGCAGAUCAAUGUCCUUCAGGCCAAGAAGAAAUUUGAGAUCCUGGAUACAAUGCUGUCCUUCAUGCAUGCCCAGUACUCCUUGUUCCAGCAGGGCUACAAGCGGCUGGAAGAGAUGGACCCCUACAUGAAGAGGCUGGCUGCUGAAUUGGAUCAGCUGGUGAUUGAGUCAGCCAUGGAGAAGAGAGAGUUAGAGCACAAACAUGCGACCAUCCAGCAAAGGACACUCAUGCAGGACUUUGCCUACGAAGAAUCCAAGGCUGAGUUCAACUUGGACUCUCCCAACGGGGUGGUGAUGGAAGGUUACUUGUUUAAGAGAGCCAGCAAUGCCUUUAAGACGUGGAACAGACGCUGGUUCUCCAUUCAAAACAGCCAGCUGGUUUAUCAGAAGAAGUUCAAGGACUCUCUGACAGUGGUGGUGGAUGAUCUCCGUCUGUGUUCCGUCAAACCCUGUGAGGAUAUUGAGAGGAGAUUCUGCUUCGAAGUUGCCUCCCCGACCAAGAGUUGCAUGUUGCAGGCCGAGUCAGAGAAGCUAAGACAAGCUUGGAUUCAGGCUGUCCAAGCCAGCAUAGCCUCAGCCUACAGGGAGAGCCCUGAGAGCCUCCGCAGCGAGCAUCUAGACAGAGCGGCGUCGCCAUCCACGAGCAGCCUGGACUCGGCCAGCGAGUUGCGAGAACCCGGCGGCCGUGGUGAUAGCAUCCUGCAGAGGAUCCUUUGCCUGCCGGGCAACCAACAGUGCUGCGACUGCGGUCAGAUCGAGCCUCGUUGGGCUUCCAUCAAUUUGGGGAUUCUGCUGUGCAUCGAGUGUUCUGGCAUACACAGAAGUCUCGGCGUUCAUUGCUCCAAAGUGCGCUCGCUAACGCUGGACUCGUGGGAACCGGAGUUAUUAAAGCUAAUGUGUGAGCUGGGUAACGGUGUCGUCAACCACAUUUAUGAGGGCUCUUAUCACGAAGGACAAGGUGUCAGCAAAGCGACAGCGUCCAGUUGCCGACAAGAGAAGGAGGCUUGGAUUAAGGCCAAGUAUGUGGAGAAAAAGUUUAUAAAGAAGCUGACUGCAGUGGCGAGUCUCAUCAACGGCGACAGAAAGUUGACGCGGCGCUGGAACGUACAGAAGUGUCGGAGGCACAACAGUGCCACCACGGUACCGAAGACAAGGCGGAGAUACCGACAGGAGCCUCGCAGCACUUCGCCAUCCAGCCUCUCUUCAGGUUCUGUCAAGUCCAAACGAGAAUCCUUAUUUUGUCCAGAUGAACUGGAUUCCCUUUUCUCCUACUUCCACGCCACAUCUGGACCUCGAAGCCUCAGCAGUGACAGCGGUUUGGGCAGCACUGACGGUAGCACUGACUUUUUGGUCCUGGGACCGGCAGUGGAUAGCGUGACAGAGGAAAAUUGCGAGGCGUCUGAGGACUCGAGUGGCGAGGCUGAUCCAGACACGUCGGACCCGGAGGACGCCAGAUACCUUCACCCUGGGGCACUUCUGUAUAAAGCCGCCAAAGCUCGUAACCUUCCCGUUAUGGCCGAAGCUCUCGCGCACGGUGCGGAUGUCAAUCUGGUGAACAAGGACGAUGAAGACAAAACUCCCCUUAUACAAGCUGUGAUUGGGGGUUCCUUACUAGCCUGCGAGUUUUUACUUCAAAAUGCUGCUGAUGUUAAUCAACGAGAUGCAAGAGGGCGGGGUCCACUGCAUCACGCCACCUACCUGGGCCACACGGGGCAGGUGUGUCUAUUCCUCAAAAGGGGUGCAGCCCAGAAUAAUGGUGACGAGGACGGUCAGGACCCGUUAAGCAUUGCAGUACAGCAAGCCAACGCUGACAUAGUCACAUUGUUGCGACUGUCCAGGAUGAACGAGGAGAUGCGUGCAUCGGAAGGAGGUUUCGCCCAAGCAGGGGAUGCCACGUACCUGGACAUCUUCCGAGAGUUCUCGCACAUGGCGUCCCACAAUCCCGAGAAGCUGAAAAGGAGAAGCGUGCACUUCAGGCACUCCUUCAGGUAG